AUGAACUUGAGCCGAAAACUGUUGUUUUUUUUGGCCCGGACAUGCUACAGCUUGUCUCUCCUGAGUCGGUACGAUAAAUUGGACUCGAUUAUCUUCAAUCAUGUUUUAUAA